CGUCAAUAAAAAAGUAAAAAUAAACAUCAGGAUUUUUUAUUUAAUUCGUUCCUAAAAGUUUAAAAGAGUAUUUUCAAAUAAUACAAAAUUUAUAAACAUUUAAUGAAUAUUUAAUUGUUAUUUGAAUUGCUGUGAAUCGAGGACAACUUAUGUUAUAAUAGGAAAUCAAAAAACAAUGGGCAGACAAUCUCAAACGUGCCGAGUUUGCACCAAGAGAUCCAAGGACUUUGUUGAACUGGAAGCAAUUUACGUGCGAAAGCCGCAGAUAACUUAUCUGGAAGUUUAUAACAUCUGUACCCAAUUAAAUGCCGAAGUUGACGACGAACUGCCAAGAAGUUUGUGUUCCAUUUGUAGAAAUGACCUUAAGUCAUUCUAUAAGUUCAUCGAAAAAGCCCGGGAAACUGAUAAGAGAUUGAGGGAGAAAUUGGGUAUCAAUAAGUCAACCAGGAGUUGUCGCAGAAAGGAAAAGGAAGUCGAUGACAGAGGGAACGAUCGUAGCCUAUUGACAAAGUCAAUACCAAGACCUGAAACCCACGGAUCCGAUGAUGUGGAACCUGACUUUGAGGAGAUUAAGCCUGAAUUUAUCAACUGCACAAAGGAUCCUCUGGAGGAUUCAGAUCUAGAAGUCAAUGAAAAGUCCGAAGAUGAAAUGGAUUGGGUUCCUGAUGAGGCUGAUGGCUUCGAAACGGACGGUUUCGCUGAAACCAAGGCUGCUGGAGUAAUCCACGACGAUGAAGAUGAUGACGAAGACGACAAACCACUCAAGCAGCUUAUAGAGAAACAAAAACCCAAACCCGCCGCCACCGCCGUCGCCAGCACAGUAAACCCGGAUAGCCUGAGACCGGACAACAACCCAGACUAUGAUUCUUCGGACGUCUUCAAUGACCUCCCAGACCGAGCUGAUAAUGACUCGUCCGAGGGAGAAGAUGAUUUCUUUAAAGAUAAAAUGCUAGAAAUUGUGCCAGAUCCUCCAACGACCCAAGAAGCUCAAAUAUUCCCUCAAGGUCGCUAUAUGUGCAAAAUGUGCAAGAAAACCUACUUCACUGCGGAGGGACUUAAAGCCCACAUGACAGUCCAUAUGCCGAAGAAGAAGAAGGUCAAACGCAUCCGACGACCCAAUAAGAAAAAUUCCAAAUCCAAAAAGAAGAAGAAGAACACAAGUGGUGAAGAUGAUGAAGAUGAAGACGACGAUGAGAAUUCAAAGGAAAAAGAUGGAAAGGAAGGAGUUGAUACAAAGAAGAAGCCAUCUGAUAGUGCAUUAGCCUCGCAGGAAGCUAAGGAAGGAGAUGGAUCAUCAACAACUCCCGCUGAACCGGAGUUGAAAAAGAAACGCAAAAUUAAACCACCAAAACCGAAGAAGAUGUUCCCCUGCAGCGUUUGCGGGAAGCAUAUGAUAUCGGCCUCCAAACUGCGCUACCACAUGGUCAUGCACACUGGCGAGAAGGACUUUUUAUGUACAAUGUGUCCAAAAGCCUACUCAACUAUCUACGCCUUGAAACAUCACAUGAGAACCCACACCGGGGAACGACCCUAUGAAUGUAAAUUCUGCGGGGAUAAAUUCACCCGACCCACCACGCUUAAAUCACAUAUGCGGAGGCAUACGGGCGAACGGCCUUACGGCUGUGACAUCUGUGGCAAACGCUUCAUCCAACACUCAUCGAUGACCACCCACAUGAAGCUCAACCACAUGGCCAAGACCAUUGGCUGUCCGCACUGUGAUAAGAAGUACGCCCGCCAAACCGACCUGAACACCCAUCUGCUGAGUCAUACCGGCGAUAAGCCGUUUUCCUGUGCGAUCUGUCCGAGUCGAUUCAUUCGACAGGCUAAUCUCAACAAGCACAUGAAUCAGCAUCAUUUAGCAAAGAAUAAAACAUCGAGGGGUGGUGGGCAACAGCAACAGCUGCAGCAGCUGCUGGAAUUGAAGACUGAUGAACCAUCGUCCUUGGUGGUGGAACAAUCGAUGAUUAAACAGGAUGCUAGUAGCAGCAGCCUCUCGAUAGAACAAGCCGGCGAAUAUGUUGAACAGAGUAUGGACAGGGGUGUAGCGGGUCCCACGACGAUUCAGUUUGCCGGACAAGCCAUGAAUGCUUCUUCUAAAGUGCCGAUCUUAGCCGCAAACAAUCAAAUGUCUGGAAUCGGACAAAAGAUCACCGAGAAUUCUGGGUCAGUUAUUGACCAAUUUGCUGGACAAGUAAUGCAACAGAAAAUCUCUGCAGCAACUAAUAAAUUCGGUGGCAAUGUUAUGGAAGAGAAAAUAAAUUUUGCCAUAACAACCAAUCAAUACGCUCCGGCGGUGGCGACGGUGGUGAUUGGUCAACAGCAACAACAACAACAACGUCAACAAGAAUCGAAUAUAUCUCCUUUGCCGAAAAUGAUUAAUGUUCGUUCGUUAGCCAGACCCAUGCAAAAGACAACACAAAUAAUGGGACGACGUGGUCAGGAAGCAUCAACUCCGCCUGGCAGCGAUGAGAGCAAUAGUAGCAAUCGUUUCCUGCCUCCUCCGCCGUUAUCUUCACCAACUAAUUCUACAUCACAGAUGAGACAUCAACAAAUGCAGCAAAAUAAUAUGCUAUCAUCAGGAUCAACAGGUGUGACGGUGGGAGCGGUAGCGGCAGCGGCGGGGCAACAGCGUUUGCCAAACAAUGAGAAUAGUAUGCCCAUUAGUAUGAAUAUUGCUGGAAUCCCAGGUGGCAUUACAUCGCAUAGCAUGCUGAGCAGUAGCAGUGGAGUUGUUCAUAUCGCACAGCACGGACAAAUGGGAUCCGUUGAGCAUUUAAAAGGUAUCCAUCCUCCAGUUGAUAACUUAACAAACUUGCUGGGUCAAGUUAUAGAUCCUGAACGCAUUGGACGUUCGGUAGAAGAAAUGAUUCCUUGGACUUGGUCAAAUACUUCAUAGAAAAGUAUUUUUUUGUUGUUUAAAUUUGUUUUUAAUUAUAAGUCUUUAAAUUAAAAAAAAAAACACAAUCAAAAUUAAUUUGAUACAAAAUAAAAUUUUUAAUUUUUGUAUGAACGAAAAAGAAAAAUUAGAUAUAAGACAUAAAGAAUCAUAAAAAAACAUCAUAAAGUGGCUUAUAAUUUUUGUUUUCUUUUGUUGAUAACAAACAAAAAUUAUGAAUAUAUUUUUAAGAAAACAAAUAAAAUAAAAAUAUUGCUAAACAAAAAAUGUAUGACAUAAUAACAAUUUAUUAGAUUUAGCUUAAAAUACUUAUAUUUUUUACAUCCAUCAAAGUGCAACUAAACGUUUAAACGUAAAUAAUGUAAACAAUGAAGGAAAACAAAUAAAUCCUUAUAAACUUA